AUGGCAGUCGCUAACGGCAAGUGGUCAAGAUUUGUUGCCGUGACCAGUUGGUCACACCAGCCGCCGCCCAAUGGCCGCUCCGCCUUCGGCCACAACAGGUCACUGUCGAGCAUCCUGAGGUCCGCCUCGCCGCGGCCGUCGUCGACCCACGCUAGAUCGAACUCAACCAUCGACCUCCCCAUGACCGCCGACCUCGCUCGCUCGCGUCCCUCGACCCCACAACCCAAGCGUCUUUUUGUCCCUACCUCUCAUGACGACGACAAUGAUUUGAGUACCAUACCCGACCCCAGAAGCAGGGCAAUGAGCCCUGCCGACGGAGACUCUAUGGACACGCCCCAUCACCAUCCUGACCUCAACGACGAGGUCGCCACCCUCAGCACGAAGCUCAUAAAUGCCAUCAACCACCAGACGACCUUGGACGACAACCUCUCGGCCACCAGAGUCGAGCUGGAGAGAUCUCGGGAGAGGAUACACCAGCUCGAAGCCAAGGUGGAAGAACAGAGGGAAAUGCUAGCGGGCGAUGUUUGGGUACGACGGAAGACGGUCGAGGCGGAGAAGGCUAAGCUGGUGGCCCGGGCUGCUGAGGAGAAGCGAGCGCGCCUCGAUAUGGAGCAGCAGAAAAAGAAGAUCGAGCAAGAACUUGAAAACCUGACAACCGCUCUCUUUGAGGAAGCGAACAACAUGGUCAUCUCGGCCAAAGAAGACGCGCGUGCCGAGCAAGAAGCCCUGCACCGCAAGAACGAACAGCUCAGGGCACAGCUCGCCGACACAGAGGGCCUUCUUCGAUCGCAGCAAGAGCAACUCGUCGAGCUCAAACAUGUCAUGGAACAGAUGACGGUGGAAAGGGAGGAGCAGCCCCCGCCUACCGUCCCCUCGUCGCCGGGCCGCGAGAGCAUUGAUGUCCGAGACGCGGUUGGCUCGUUGGCCGGAUCCCGCCAGCAGAGUCUCUCGAUGCCAUCGUUCCCGUCGUAUCCCACCAGCUUCACCCACCUCCUACACCCCGUUCUCCGCACCGAUCUGGCAGCGUGCAACGAUUUCAAGGACCUCCUGCGGACAACAAAGCGAUUAUCUGCACCCCGCCUGCCGUCUGGCUCGUCCGGCUCUGGGCUUGCAUCUCUUGGAAUCGGCCUGGGCUCAGCCUCCUCGCACAUAUCGGGUGGCAAUGGGUCAACGACGUCCCUUGCCAUGACAGGGACUCCGCCCGCAACGUCACCGCAAACGCCCCACACCCCAGCGUCCUCUGUUAGCAGCAGUUCGUCCGCCGUCACUCCAAUUCCUCUCCCCCAUCUAAAGGAAACGAAGUUCUACAAGCGAGUGCUCGCCGAGGACAUCGAGCCUACCCUUCGCCUCGACAUAGCACCAGGGCUGUCCUGGCUUGCCCGCCGCAGUGUGUUGGCGUCCAUGACGGAUGGAUCGCUAGUUGUCGAGCCAACCCCCUCCACGGCGACGGGCCGGUUUGGCAAGGUGAUCAAGCCCGAGCUCUAUCCGUGCUCCCUCUGCGGCGAGGCCCGGAAAGACGAAGAGUAUCUCCGAACCCACCGCUUCCGCGUCAGCGAGUCGGACACUACCCAGGUCGGCUACCCGCUUUGCAAGUACUGUCUCGGCCGGGUUCGGUCAACCUGCGAGUUCCUCGGGUUUCUGCGCAUCGUCAAGGACGGCCAUUGGCGGGCCGACGACGAGGAUGCCGAAAAGGCCGCCUGGGAAGAGAGCGUCCGUUUGCGAGAGCAGAUGUUCUGGAGCCGCAUCGGCGGUGGAGUCGUGCCUCUGGGCCACACUCGCCACCUUUCAAGCUCCAGCGCGGCUCCCAGCCUUCGUGGCGAAAAGAGCCCGAGGCCGAGCCACGAGAGCACGCGGGGGCCGGCAGAGCAUACCAGGCAGUUCCUGGAGCUGCCUAAGACACCUGAGCAAGAGCUUCUGAAGGAAUCCACCGAGGCAACACCGCAGGUGAAUGUGGAACCAGUUGUUGAAACAGCGCCUCAGUCUGCUUCAGAAGAAGCUGUUGAGCCAGCGCCAGAGCCCACCGUAGAAGACGUUGCCGAGCAAGCACUGCCGCCCACGAUAGAAGAAGUUGUCGACGUGGCACAACAUCCGAUUUCAGAAUCAGUCACGGAGACAGCGCAGCCGUCAAUCGUGGAAAACGCGGCCCAGGCAACCCAACAUGCAGCCGACAAAGAACGUGUUGCGGCUGCCUUGCCGCCUUGCGCUGAUAGCGAGGAGCAAGUCCAAGUUGAAGCCUCUUCUUCAAAACAAUCCCCCACGGAACAAACUGCCGUCGAGGAGCCAACCGCGCCGCCUGCAGUUGACAGCCCCAUCGAACAACAACCGGCUAACCUACCCACCGUCGAGGCGGGUGACCAGAAACAGGUGCCUCUCGCCGCACCUAUUACCAUCGCCUUCUGA